UACACUGUUGUCUAUUAAUGCGGGGGUGCUCCAGCUCCUAAAUGCUACAAAAGGCAGAAGGAAAAGGCAAGAGUGUUGGUGGGAGGAGCAUGAGUUUGCAGGCCGAAUAUCAGCAUGACUGGAUGGACGGUCAUCCCAAGGCUGGGGGGAAUGAGUCUUUUCCUACAAGAAGGGGGAGAGGCAGCCUGGGAGAGCAUGAUCGCCAUCUGCCUCUUGGAGACAGCAGCCUGGCCUUGGAGCCUUCCAUCCUGGACACCACCCAACUUUUCCCACUUAUGGAGACCAAGUUGUACAAGCGCCGCUGGGUCAUGCUGUUCCUCUUCAGUGCCUACUCCAUGAGCAACGCCUUCAUGUGGCUACAGUAUGGCAUCAUCAGCAACAUCUUCAUACGCUUCUACAAAAUCGACACCUUCGCCAUCGACUGGCUCUCCAUGAUCUACUUCCUCACCUACAUACCCCUCAUCCUGCCCGUCAUGUGGCUACUCGACAAUCGGGGCAUCAGGGAUGUAGUAGUGGUGGGCUCUGCCUUCAACUGCAUUGGGGCAUGGAUCAAGACGGGAACGGCUGCCCCUAACAUGUUUCCCAUGACCUUCUUCGGCCAAUUUGUGUGUUCAGUGGCCACAGUGUAUGUCCUGGGUAUCCCAUCCAGACUUGCUUCCUUGUGGUUUGGACAGCAGGAGGUCUCCACUGCCUGUUCCAUUGGUGUUCUGGGAAACCAGCUGGGCAUCGCCAUUGGGUUCUUGAUCCCACCAAUACUGGUGCCUAAUGUGGAUGAUAUGGAUGAGCUGUCAUACCACAUCAGUAUCAUGUUCUACAUCACUGCUGGAGUGGCCACGGUGAUCUUUGUCCUUGUGGUCAUUGUAUUCCAGGAGAGGCCAGAAAUCCCCCCCACCCAGGCCCAGGCCCAAGCUAGGAACAUCCAACCGGAUGAGUACUCGUACAUGGCCUCCAUUAUUAGGCUGCUUUGCAACAAACCCUUCAUGCUGCUGGUGAUCAGCUAUGGGCUGAACGUGGGCUGUUUCUAUGCUGUUUCCACGCUGUUGAACAGGAUGAUCAUUGAACACUACCCUGGUGAAGAGGUGAAUGCUGGGAGAAUUGGUCUUACCAUUGUAAUUGCUGGCAUGGUGGGUUCCCUCAUAUGUGGCAUGUGGCUGGACAAGACAAAAACCUACAAGCAGACAACCCUGGUAGUAUAUCUCCUCUCUCUGGUUGGGAUGCUGGUCUAUGCCUUCACCCUCAACCUCGGCCACCUGUGGGUGGUGUUUGUGACAUCUGGAGCUUUAGGGUUCUUCAUGACAGGAUACCUGCCUCUUGGGUUUGAGUUUGCUGUAGAACUCACCUACCCAGAAUCUGAGGGCACCUCAUCUGGGCUGCUCAAUUGUUCGGCUCAGGUAUUUGGUAUCAUUUUCACCAUCUGCCAAGGGAAGAUCAUAGACGAAUGGAACACAUUUGCUGGGAACAUCUUCCUCUGUAUCUUCCUCCUCAUAGGGACCAUAAUGACAGGAUUCAUAAAGUCAGAUCUCCGACGCCAAAAGGCCAACCAACUAGCUGAGACACAGGCAGCGAGUCAUGCAGGCUCCCUGACUUCGGUGCAGGACUACGGGGCCACAGCACCCAGCGGCCCCUGGCAGCGGCGGUCUUGACAAUAAUCCACAACCUCACUAAAACCAAAACACACACCUGCCAAGAAAACGGCAGCUAAUCUCGAAGGAGGCAUCUCUCCACCCGUGACCCAGAAAGAGGCCAAGUUAUGAGGAGGGGGUCCAACUGGACUGGUCUGAGGAUACAGACAUCCGUUUCCUUUUAUCAGCACAUCAAACACUGACAUAAUACAAAACAACAACAACAGCAAAACAACCAAGAUCUACAUACGCAGAGCCACAUACAAUCCGCACACAUGCAGGCAUACACAGAGUGAAAAGUAAGCUGCUUACCCUUUGCGAAUGUGAGAAGUUAGCAAAUGCAAGCAAAAUUGGACAAACGAAACAGGUAUACAUUCAAACAACAAAGUAGGCUCGACCCUCUAUGAAUACAGCCAGGGCCAGCAGAGCUACAUGUGGCGUACUGUCCAACACUAUGUACUGAAUGGACUCCAUUCCCUGGCAUGAAUUCUAGAGAUUUACACAAAUUAUCCCAAGUGCAGCUCAGCUGUAGCCAAACCAUGCACAAGUCAAUCAUGCAAAAAAAGUAAUGCACUUGGAACCGUAUAGGUCUUUAUCUCCUUAAAAAUGGAGACUUUCCAGAAUUUAUUUUAGUUGAAGACAGCUGCUUGGAUUUUGUCUAAAAAAGGCAUUUUUGAAAAGAUUGAUCUGCUGAUUUUGAGCAUUUUCUGUGCAAUGAAACUGCCACUUUUGUGACACCAACUAUUACAAUUUUCUCUUACUGAAUGAAUCUUUUUCUUUCCUAAGCUUUAACCGUCCCCCUUGAAUUAAUGUUGUUGAAUUAGUAUUCUAUGCAUUCUAAUGAGCAAUAUUUAAACUGUGAGUGUUUCUUCAUAUUUGACCAAUAUUGUGCAUAACUGAACUCAAUCUUUACAUUGCUAAAGGUAUUCAUAUGUGUUCUAUUUUUAGAAUGUGCAUGUUAAAUGCAGACUAAGGAUUCUGUGAUUUCUGUUUUCCUGUAAUGGCAGUCUCUCUUUUCAGUGUCACCAGGUGGCUCGACAGUCUUGUCAGCCACCAUCUGCCAUUCAGGAUUACAAGGAGGUACUUCUUCUGAGUACUGCUGAUAGUGAUGAAUACUGUUGAUGCUGUGCAUCUGAGUAUAUCUCGGAAGGUCAAUCUCGUCCUUGUCUAAGCGAUCUUUACAAGAAACUCGUCCUGAUUUAACCACAUUCUCAGAACAAAAGUCAGAUACAGUAGGACAUGUGCAGCUGGUGAUUCUAUCCAUCGAUUGACACGCGAGAAAGAACCUUUGACACACUAUGCUAGAAGAAUGUUAGCACAAAAGAUAAUGGAACGACAAGGCAAGUCAAUCUUUUGCUCUUGUCAUUUUGCACAAGAAAAUAGUAAUUUUUUUUUCUAUGACUCUUAACUUGUACAUUUGUUACUGAGAAAUGUAGUUCAUGAUGUGCUAAACUAGUAGUUGUUGGAUAUGAAAAGUCCAUAGUGGAUUGUGUCAUCUUUUACUUGAUGUGAUGUGGUCUUUGUGAUUUUUCUGUUUAAACGAUUAUUUUGUGAUAAUGAGAAGUGUUGUUAAUCACUUAAGUGGUACUUUUUGUAGAACAUUUUAUACACAUCAUGAAUAAUUGGUGAUUUCAUUUUAACUGCUUGUCAUACUUGGUAAUGAAAAACAGUUUUAUAUAGCCAUUAAAUCUCUUUGGCAAAUAAUCUGAACUAGGAUAAACAACUAUAAUUGCUAUUCUGGUGACAUACAAGAAUAAAUAAAGUAAGAAA